GGAAGACAGUCGGAUGUUUUGUGAUUCUUGGUGUCUGACGAGUAGAAAGCAUGCCGACAAAACAAGACACUGUUUUGAUGCUGUGAAUGAAUGAGUCCAACUGUUCUAGAACUGAUUGCCAUGAAUUUGGAUGAGGAAUCAACAGAUUUGGAUAUGUUCUGUAUGUACAUAACACCACACAGCAUACUCUUAUAUCAAUUUGUGAGAACUUAUUAUGAAGACUGAAUUUGCAAAGCUUCAGCUGAAAAACAUCCUCUGAUAUACAUGUAUUUUGAAUUCAUUCAGUUGGCUAUUUUUCCACCAACUGAUAAGGAUGCUUGUUGACUUCUGUCACUGGAGUUUAAAAACUGUCGCAACAAGCAGCUCUGUGUCCUCGGAUGGAUACGAUGUUGAGAAUUUAGUCUCAAAAGAUUUCAUUCUGAAAAAUAAGGGUUUUUUGGCCGAGCGCUUUCUGAAGCCUCCAGUUAGUAUCACAUUUGCAUUUCCUUGCUCCAUCAACAUCCACCAAGUUAUAAUCAACCCUGUUGUAGGUCGACAGAAGUCUUCAGCUCUUGAAGUGCUCACCAACACUCAAAAACUAACAUCAUCAUGGCUUUUUGGCUUAGACAGUACAAGCCAAGACAGAAACCCGGUUCAGCUGACUCCAGUCUCUGUUGGCAGAAUCCACAUGAAGGAUCCAGCAGUCUGUGUGUUUCGUUAUCCAUCAUUUCGUGCCACAAGUCCGUACAGUGUUGAUGACUCUGACUUUAGCAGAUUCCAGUACGUUGUUGAGAUGAAGCAUAGAUACGGAACAGCACUUGUUAGUCAUUUAACCAUUAGGAUUACAAAUACCAUUGAAAGUUUAAUCCCGGGUAUCAAAUCGGUAGCCAUUUUUGGUCAACCAUCACAUAAAUAUGAUAAAGCUAUCCAUGAAAAGGUAUUCUAUCAUUAUGUUAAUUCAUUAAAUCUCAAGCAGCUUCCAACAGUGUCUAAGAAUUGUGAUACAUCAACUAAAGAUUGUUUAAUAUUAGUGGAAUCGUCAUCUGAUUCCACCUCAAAGUUUGAGAUACCUGAAGAAUUUGUGGAUCCUAUAACUUGUGAAGUGAUGGCUCUUCCAACUCUUCUGCCUAGUGGGAAGUCCAUAGAUCAUAAUACACUGGAGAAAUAUAUCGAAAAUGAAGCAACAUAUGGUCGACUUCCCAAUGACCCAUUCACAGGAGUUUCUUUUAAUACAGAUAGUUACCCAGUUCCAAACAACUCUCUGAAAGUUAGAAUUGACCAAUUUCUUCUUAAGCAUUGUGAUGAAUCCCAAGUAAAAUCUGCUCCAAGAACUGUGGGCAGAAAGGAAGAUAUAAUUUUUGUUGCAGACACCAAACUGAACAACGCUCAAAACACCAAAGCUAAUCUGUCAUUAUGUGCUUCUUCUACUAAAAGAAAAAGUAAAGCUUUGGAUGUAUCUGAGCAGCAAGUUAAAAUUGCAAGAGUUGACAACUCUAGUGAAAAUAUGUUAGCCAUAAAAUUACAGUACACUAUUCCAUCACACAAACAUACGUCGAGCUGCAGUCUGGGCAAUGCCUUGUCAACCACAAAUUCCAGGGAGGACGAUAUUCCAUCACAUAAACAUAGCCUGUACAAUGCCUUGUCAACCACAAAUUCCAGGGAUGACCAUGUUCCAUCACAUAAACGUAUGCUGGACAGUAGUCUGGAUGAUGCCAUGUCAAUCUUACAGCAGCUACCAUCCUUCACGUGUACCACGUCAUCGGCGAGUGACAAAAGCGACACUGCGAGUUCUAGACAUGAGAAAGUGUGUAUGAAUUGUAAAAGUCAGAUUUCAAAUUGCACUAUGUACCAGUUAGCGUGUGGCCAUUGUGUCUGCAGGAUCUGUUUGUGUCGUAGUACUGGACCUUCCGACCAAGAUGUCGAUCGUGUGGUCAAGUGUUACCAGUGUAAAUCGGUAUGCAACAGAAAUGAUGUUUCUCGGAUAUUUCAGUGAAAUGUAGAUUUGUGAAAUGAUUAAUAAUAAAGCAAUUUGCUGAAGUUUA